AGAAAACGACACGCAUAAUAGAACAUUCGUGUUUUCGGUAGACUGCACGGGAAGGACCGCCGUCUUAUCAUCCUUCUGCCGCUUGGCAGGCGCGUCUGCCUCCGCGCUUUCAACACUAUCGACGAUCUUUCAACACUGCAUUUCAGUCGUCAGGCUGUGAUAAAGUUUUCGCGCACUUUAGGGUCGACGCGAAUCCUUCGAUAUCCCCCCUCGAAUCGUAGCUAUCGAAUCGAUAUAUCAGUCGCCAACGAUGCCGUCCAUAAUACGAACGUUCAGCUCCGCAACCACCCUUUUCAUCCUCCUCUUCACAAUCCCGCUUACCUUCGAUGUCGGCGGCCGAUCAUGCGGGCUCGCCUUUUCGCUUUCCCUUUCGGUUUACUAUUUCUUUGUCAGCAUCCUGCGACUAUCCACACCUGAUUCAUCGCGGAUCCGAAGGACGGGGAUAUUCUUUCUGCAACACACGCAGUGGUUCGUCAUCGCGUUCCUGAUGCUCUGGACCAUGAACAAAUUUUCCGUGGACGCUGAGGCCGAGGGAGGAGGUGGCUGGGUCACGAAGGCGUUUGGUGCGAAGGAGAAUCCGACGAUGGAGGACGGGUUGUGGAAUUGGGUGUUCGGGCAAGGUGGGGUGUUGGAGCAGUGGACGAUUGGAGGAUGGGAUAAGUUCUUGAGGUGGAGCACGCCAGCUUUUCAACUUGCGGAGGGGUUCUGCAGUUUGUUGGUGAUACAAGUCGCUGGACAGAUUACGCGGUGGCUCGUAAAUCGAGAGCGAGGAGAUAGCUGGAUGAUCGGCCUCCUCACCGUCUCCGCCAGCAUUUUCGCCUCCUCCAUCUACUUUCUCUACCGAAUCACCACCUUCCCCUCAAUCUCUCCCACCUCCGCCGUCCUCAUCGGCAGCAUCAUCACCUGCGCCAUCUUCCUCUGCAUCUGGGGUAUCGCCUCCGGCCGCGGCAACCCCGUCGAAUCCUCCCUGCUCUUCGCCUACAUCACCCUCUGCAUCUACCAAAUCUUCACCGACUUCCGCGGCCACUCCCUCGCCUCCGAAGUCUCUCAAGACCCCUCCUCCGACCCCCCUGCCCUCCCUCCUCUCCCACCGAUCAUCAUGGCCUCCUAUUCCACCCUGCUCGCCGCCCUCCACUCCCUCCCGGAAAUCCUCCACACCUCCUUCGCCUUCGUCCACGCCGCCCUCCUCACCAUCACUCCCUCCGUCCUCGUCUCCCUCGCCUUCCGCGUCGCCGUCAUGUCCACCGCCGUGCGCCUCGUCCCCGUGAUCCGCGACGGUGGCGCCCGCGCGCUCGGCUCGGAGCUCUCCCUCGACGACUCGGACGAGGCGGGGCGGUUCCUGGCGGGGCUUUCCUGGUUCUCCCCCACGAUUUUGGUCGCGGUGUACACGAGCCUGCUGAUGCAGCAUUUCGAUCGCGGGACGCUGGAGGGGACCGGGAUGGGCGUUGGCGCUGGUGUCGGAAAUGGCGCGGCGUGGGGAGGAAUGUGGAUGUGGGGCGGCGGCAAUUUCUGGGAUUUCUGGCGCUGGAUUAAUCUGGUUGUGACGAUGGCACUGUAUGCGGUGGAGAUGCAGUUGGGGAGGGACGAUGGUGGAUUGACGACGCACUGGAAAGAUGAUUGAGCAGCGAAAUCGUUACAAGCGCGGGAUUCUUCCCAGCUGGCCCUUGGAAACCGGGAUUUCGAACAGUAACACGGCACAUCGAAGUUGGUGCCUGGAUCCGCGGGAGGGCGGAGAGGCGGAUGCGAACUCGCCCAGCAGCAUGUCGAGCGGAAUUUCCGAAGAAUGAGACUGAGUUGAGAGGAUGUAGACAGUCCACCAUCGCGGCAUUCGAAACGCUUCCUCGAAACUCUUCUAGCUACUUCUAGACGCGCAUCAAAGCAACGCGGAGGAUGGAGUAGCGUCCGAACACGGUGGCUCGAAGAGAAACAGCCAGCGAGUCGAUUCGAGACGGACAUACCAAGCGCUUGAAAGCUGAGCGACAAAGACGUG